CACACACCCGCUCUCGCCGCGCGCGCGCACCUGCAACUGCACCCGCGGCCUCGUCUUCGCCGGCGACACCGCCGCUUCGUCUCACGCCGUAUCGGCGUAGGUGCGUGUGUGUGCGGGAGGGGAGGGGAGGUGAGGUGGGUCGGUUAUGAUGGUGGGGAAGAGGGGGAGGGGAGGGGGCAAGAACAGCGCCGCCGUCCCGAUGAGGCGGACGACGAGCAUGACGGAGUUCUCGCCGCCGGACGUGCUGGCGGUGGUGGCGGAGGAGGAGGGUGAGGAUAUGGAGGCGAUGGUGGUGGUGGACGGAUGCGGUGGCGGGGACGACGACGGGCGGCAGGACUGGCUGGCGUCGUUCGGGGGAGGAGGAGGAAGAGGAGGGGGAGGGGGCGCGCCGGGGCAGGACUGGCUGGCGGCGUACCGCGCGCGCGCGGCGCCGGCGCGGGCGGGGAUCAGGCGGAACUCAGCGGACUACUGCGCCGUCGAGACCGCCGCGUUCCUCCGCGCCUGCGGCCUCUGCCGCCGCCGCCUCGGCCCUGGCCGCGACACCUUCAUGUACAAGGGCGAGGCGGCGUUCUGCAGCCUGGAGUGCAGGCAGCAGCACAUGACGCAGGAGGAGUGGAACGACAAGUGCGCGGUUUUGACGUCCAGGAAGAAGGAGGCGCCGGCGAACGGCCGCGCCCGCUCCAGCAAGGCCACCACCGGCGGCACGGUGGCGGCGGCCUGACGAACGAUCUAGCUAGCAAGAUAGCCACGGCCUACCUACCUCAGCUAGCUAGCAACCAAGCGAUCGAGCUCAUCGAUCAGCGCCACCACACCUAAGUGCAACCACCAUCCACACGGCUCAAUUACGACGACGACGACGACGACAACUAAAUCAUCGAUUAUUAUUCCGCCAUUAUUGUAUGGUUUGAUCCAUUCAUCAACCCAUCCAGCAGUAGAGAUAUAUACCACUAUUAGUUCAUCUGAUCAAUCCACACAUCGCCACUUGGAUCGAUCGAUCGUUUCUAAUUAAUUAAAUUAGUUGCAGUUCAUGCCGAUCGAUCAGUGUGAAUCUGUGAUGGAUCGAUAAUUGAUUGAUCAUGUAAAACGAUGUCGUUGCAUCUAAAAGGAAUUCUUGGAGGCAGCAGGUGCAUGCGCA